AUGAGUAAAGGCUGUGUAAGGGCUGAGUUAAUUUUAACUGCCUGACAGUCAACAAGCAUGGAGCCUGCACAAGAACCAGAGGAGCUGGGACCUCAGACAGAAAUGAUUGCAGACACAGUUCUUGAGGUUGGAGAGAGACUCUUUCAGGUCAGCCGCAGGGUCCUUUCCGUACACAGUCGUUAUUUUGAAGCCAUGUUUUUUGGGGGGGCGAGAGAGAGCUCUGAACACUACAUAGUUAUCAGAGGGAUUGAUGCAAUGCCUUUUCAGGCACUACUUGAGUUCACUCGAACAGCCCAAGUGCUUAUAGGUCAAGAAAAUGUGACCAGUUUAUUGGAAACAGCUGAUUUUUUUCAGUUUGACAGGGUGAAACUGUUGUGUGAGAAAUUUCUGGAGAGAGAACUGCAUGUUUCCAACUGCCUGGGCCUGAUGACCUACUCACAGCAGUUUGCCUUUGUAGAGCUGUAUGAGUGUGCUAUGAACGUGGCCCUCACUCACUGGGGGGAUGUGAUGUGCCAAGAAGAAUUUAAGGCACUACCCAAAGAAAUGCUGAUACAGCUCCUCAGAAGCAAUGACCUCUUCGUUUCGCGAGAAGAUGUGGUGUUUGACAGUAUUAUGAGGUGGAUAAUGGAGGACCCAGCAACGAGAGAAGACGACUUUUUGGAUUUGGUGGACAAAGUCAGGGUCACAUUUUUGAGUUUGUCCUUCCUUGAUAUCUUGGUGAAACGCAGCAAGCGCCCUGGAGAGCCAGAUACCUUUUCCAGACUAAUAAAGAAGUUAGAUUGCUGUCCUCCACCCAGCUGGCAAAAUGCAGAACUGUGUCCUUACGCUGGUCGGAGCUAUGACACCUUGUAUGUCCUGGGAGGAAAGCAUGACAAGGAACAGCAAGAAUUGUUUCUCUUUCAACCUAAAACAGGGAGCUGGCAGGCUUGUUCUCCACUGCAGCGCAGGAACCUCACCCAAUACGCAGUGGCAGCAGUAGGGAGCUUCCUUUUUGUGACAGGAGGAUAUUUCCGGGAUGAGUUUGUGUGGUACAGUGUGGAUUGGGUGCUUAUCUACAAUUGCUUGGACAAUAGUUGGCUGGAAGGACCUGCCAUGAAGAAGUCCCGCAAUAGCCAUUGUGCAGUAGGAGCUGGGCUCUACCUGUACGUGCUCGGGGGGGGCACAGAUGAAGGGAUAACCCCAGCAGUGGAGCGUAUGGCUUUGAUGGACUCAGAGUGGGAAAGCAUGAGUCCUAUGGUUCAACCCGUGGAGAGAGGAGAUGCGGUCAGUGUGGGAGCCAGGAUCUAUGUGGUCUGUGGCCUGGAUGAAAAUGGUCACGUAUAUGAUGGAGUGCAAAGGCUGAACACAGAGACAGACAGCUGGGAUGUCAUCUCGUUCUCCCCGCUUCCAAGGUAUGACCUCUGCAUCACAUCCCUGAACGGUGCUCUGUACACCAUAGGAGGGGGAGCUUUUCGAUUUGAUGUGGAGACAGAUGAAUGGACUCAGGUGGAUGAGGAAUGCUUGGCCCAGAAGUUCUUUAUGGGAUGCAGCACUGUGAAUGGAAGAAUUUAUCUCCUUGGACAGAGGAAGGGGAACAGUGCCCUCCCCGUUGUAGUCCUCUUUGAUCCCUACGUUGACAUGUGCCAGGUCGUAGAUAACAAACUCCCUUGCCCCCUUCCUAUUCAUGGGUGUGUCUCUGUGCGAAGAUUUGGUACGUGGGCGUGA